ACGAAGUUUGUUUCAUUAACAUUUUACGUUAAACCAAAGUUAUAGUCUAAAGGAAGGGUUAAUCAAAUAAUAAAAAAAGUUUUGUUACCGUGUAUCAGAAAGGCAAUGAUGUCCCAGAGGGACUGUAGCCUAUCUGUAAGAAUUGACUUUAUACGGCCUAAUCUAAAAGUUGUCAUGAGGAUGUUAAACAUUGUGGUUCAUUUAGAAAUGAGCUUUUUAUGAAACAUCUAGGCCUAGAAACAUCCUUGGUGUUUAAUGGUGUUUAGAAUAGCAAAAGGAAACCUAGAUUUUUUUUCUUUCUUUUCUUAUGCAACGAAAUCGAAAGUAGAAAGUUACCGGUGGCAAAGAAGAUCCUGAAGGAGAAUGGAGAGAGGGGUGUCUUUCUUUGGAUGGAAAGCUGUUAAAGACGGCAGUAAAUCUCUGUCCGAGAACCAGGAACCGGAGGCAGGCCGUGUAUAUACAAUGUUCCACGGCACACAUUUGACAAACGCCAAAACCAUCAUUGAUAAAGGAUUUAAACCCUCCAAAGAUGGAAUGCUGGGCCCCGGGGUUUAUGUCAGUCGUAACAUUGAUAAAGCCAAAUGUUACCCGCCUAAUACUGACAAGAAGGACAAAGUCGUUUUCAAACUGAGGGUUCGUGUGGGGAAAGUGAAGAAAAUAGACUGUGACAAUCAUCCUCUCCAGAAAUCGUGGCACCUCAACGGGUACGACUGCGCGUGGGUUCCACCAAACAGCAACAUCUCCUCCAUCAAGUCUGGUCGCGAGGAGGACUGCGUGUGGGACCCCAAGCGCAUCAGCGUGGUUGACGUGGCGUGCUGUGUGGAUGACGCUAAACGCCGGGAGCUUCGACGGAUGAUUCGCAAAAAGACGAAAACCGAAGGCUGCGAUCUGUGCAAACUCGACGCUUGUGAUGGCCACGAUGUUCAGCCGUGCUGGGAGUGCCAGGAGGACAUCUGCCCUUUUCAGGGAGAACACGUGUGCAAAGGCAGAAGGUUUAGAGAAAGAGACACAAUGUAACUCUUACCCUGUAUCUGUUAGAUCAUGAACAUGAAAAGGUCCCCAUACCUCCGUGUUUCUGAUAUCUGUGUUAAUGUGUAUAUUUUUGUAGCCUAUUUAAUUUAAAUGCUACCUGUGCCAUUUAUCUCUCUGUGGUUUGUAAUCGUGUAAAUUGUAAGUAAAUAUCAAUAAAAAAUAGUUGUUUCACAUUA